AUGAACCAUCACUUUAGUGCACAGGUGGAAGAUGGCGGCAAGGUUUACGAUGACGUCCAGUUUUGGUCUGGUGUCGCGGAAAAGGUGACACCUUUUGCAAAGAAAUUGACUUUCAUCGCUUAUGUUUUCUAUUCGAGAAUUCCCAUCUACUUGAUUUCGAGCCCGCUAUUCACGGUUUACACAGGCGAAUCUGCCACGGAGGGGUAUUUUGAAAGCAAACUAGUUGGUAGACGGGAGUCUGACCUGGGCCAAAGGCUCGGUCUCCUCACAAAGAUAUAUAGCGAAGGAGAAGAAGAUGAUGACGAUGGUGUAUAUGUGGUGUUUUACCAUGAUAAGGACGUCAGGUCCUUUGUACUUGAUUUCCUGUUGCUUGAGCCGUUUGAGAAACUCACAGCGGGGACCUCGACUACAUCCAAUGCCUUUGUGGUUUACACCGAAACGGCACCGAGCCAGACCCCAUCCAAAAUAUUCGACAAGGUGUUGCAAAAGAAGAAGCUCCAGGAACCCGCGCCGUCUACCGCGGAUGGAGAAAAACAGUCUGUAUCGCGGCCAUUGUCGACUCCUGAUCAAAUCAACCGCGCAGUCAACAAAAUCAUUCUAUCAGGCUUGCGACUUCGAGGUUUAACUUUAAACCAAGCCGCGUCUGUAAAUGCAAAGUUAAAGAUUAAAGAAAUCUAUCAAAUGACAUUUAAAGCUACGCUAUUUUCACUCAGAAAGUACAGCACCAACAUUGGUAAGAACGGCGAACUAGAGCGCAGAGAAAUACGCAUCACGGACUUGCAAGAGACCGUCGAGGGUUUGUUGCAUCUAUUUGUGGACGUGGAAUGA